GUUGAACCGUUGUUUUAUUGUGUGAAUAAAGUGGGUACUGGGUCGACCCCCCCCCCCCUGGGUAGACAUGCCCUGCCAAAUAUUUUAUGGCUAAUUUUAAUUUAUCUCAUUCGUUUCAAUCUCAUUUAUUCUUGUCUGGAAAUUGGAAUCGAUUACCGGGGGCGUUCGUGACACGUUGAGCAGCCCAGUAUCGAUGUGGAGAUUUUCGAUCUCCCGUUCUGAUGAUCAGGGUUGGUUUUAGAUUCUAAAAUAUGGAUGUAUUCUAGCAGGAACCUCAAUAACUGGGGUGAAGGGAAGGAUGUACCUAUGGGCCGGGGGCUGUAAAUUUGUCACAUGGACAUGCCAUUCUUGUGUGUGGAAUGAACAGGAUCCGGGUGCCGACUGGAUUGUCAAAGUUCAGUUCGAUUUUAGCUGAAGCUGCUAAAAUCAAAUUGUUGGGACUGUAUGUAUAACAGUAUAAUGGUCAGAACUCAGAAUCUGACUUUGAUAGGUGUUAGCAUCCAUAGCUCUACUAAGUUACUAACUUCUGAAUUAAAGGGGUAUAAAGUCCUAGGACCUAGAACAUACCUUGUAGUUCUCAUGAAAUAUAAUUUUGACUCUCUGAGGCCAUUUCACACAAUUUUCAUUUUUCAGCCUGAUGUUCACAUGGCAAAAUGAGUAAAAUUGCACCAAGCUGCUAUAGUCCAAAUGAAGAAGACCUUUGGAUUGAGCUGUCACAGUACCUUGAUCUACCACCCGCUCUUCAGGAAUCUUCUGACAGCCCUCUCAGCAAGCAUGGCCGGCAGCAUACGGCUGCUCUCGCUGUGCUCCGCAGAGCACUCGAGGAUGGCCCACCUGCUGCGGCUGCUGCUGCCAGUGCUGCAUGUGAUUCGGCCACGCUGCGGAGUCUGCUGACCGCCGCCCUGCGGCGGGCUGCUCCUGUGCGUGCUGCCCUCCUCCUGCCUCUGUGGCCGGUCGGGGACAGUGACGGGCCGGAGACGGCGGCGCUGCGCCGGCCGCCGCCCGGCGCUGCCGGUCUGUGCGCGGCGGCAGUGUCCGCGUCGGCCUGUGACCGGCUGGCCGAGUGGGGGCGGGCGGCACUGACCGCCGGCCGCUGCCGGCCCUCUCUGGAGACGGCGCUCCUCUGCGGCCAACCGGCGGACGGCGACACCCUCCUCCGACUCCUGGACUGCUGUGUGACGGACCUGUCCCGCUGGUUCGGCGAUGGGUUGCCGCUGCGGCCGCUGCUGCCGCUGGCUGCCUCACGCGCCUGGAGCGCCGGCCGGGUCCCGGAGGCCGCCGCCGCCAGCGCCCUCUGCCGAAGGCGACAGGAGUCUGUGAGCGGCGAUCCGCUGGUGCGCCGCUGGUGCCAGCUGCUGGCCAGCCGCGGCGCGCUGGUCCAGCUGUGUCUGCAGCGCGCUGUGCUGACCGACGCCCAGCAGUCUGCGCUGGUGCAGGUCAGCGGUGGUGGCUCGGCGCUGCUGCUACUCUCUGUCGGCUGUCCCGGCCCCGGGUUCCCGCCGCCAGACGCCGACCGACUCAUCACACAACACUGUCUUCACACAGACCCCGCUGCGCUGGAGUCUGACCGGCAGCUGCUGCUGGCAUUCCGCUCGCUGUCUGACCUGCUCACUGGCCUGGCGGCGCUGGCAGAGGCAGAAAACACGUCCCGCCGAUGCCAAAAUGUCCGUCGUCAGUCCGACCCGGCCCCCGCACAGCCGUGGUGGGAGCCUCAGAAGCGGGCGGACCGGCAGCCCCCGCCGGAUCCGAUACAGUUCGACACUCUACUGGCACAGCUCAACACGGCGCUGCAGCAGCUCAAACCGCUCUUCAGGCUGCAGCUGCUGGAGGCGCUCUACUGCGUGCUGUUUCUGAGCGCCUCGGACACCGACCGGUCCAGUGCGGACGACCAGCCGAGCCCACCCAGUCCCAGCGGCGGGGGCGGAGCGGCGGGCGCCCUCGGCCUCCCCUGCGGCGGGGCGCGCCCGCUGCUGACGCUCGCAGCCCAGACGGCACUGUCUCAGCUGCUGACGGAGCGGCUGACCGAGCUGACUGACUCUCUGCUGACGGAGGAACGGGACGGAGCGCGGCUGAGGCGGCGGCGGGACCGCGCGCUAUCUCUGGUGGAGUGCCACCGUCGCCGGCUGACGGCCGUCGAGCCGUUCACGGCCGACUGGCCGCUGUCCGCGCUACUGAGAGCCCCGCCCGACACGCUGCUGGCCAUGUGCUGGUCGCGCGGCUGGCUGCGGCACGCCGCGCUGCUGACUCAGAUUCUCUUUUAG